AUGUCUGAGGAAGAGUUCAUGGAUAGUGGUGAAGAUACUUUCAAUUCUUCUUCUGCUACUAAAGUUGAUCCGGCAGUACCUGCAUCUUUAACAUGGCAAAGAAAGAUAGACAGUGACGGAAAAGCUCCCCGGGAAUUCGGUCUCACUGCUAAAGAGAUUUUCCAGCUGGCCCCUGUUGGUAUUCGAUUAUUUUUUCUUGUUAGAGAAGAAUCUGCUAAAGGAAGGUUGGCUUUCAUAGAUCCAUUCUCCAAACACUCUAUAACAUCUUCACAUGGUGUUCCUCUUGGAGGUAUUGGUGGUGGUAGCAUAGGAAGGAGUUAUAAAGGUGAGUUCCAAAGAUGGCAACUAUUCCCUCCAAAAUGUGAAUAUGAACCAGUUCUUGCAAAUCAGUUCUCUGCAUUUGUUUCACGUCCCAAUGGGAAAAAGUUCUCGAGUGUGUUAUCUCCUAGGCACACAAACCUGGGAAAACAAGAUUCUGAGACUGGAAUUGGUUCAUGGGACUGGAAUCUGAAAGGAGACAAGUCUACAUAUCAUGCUUUAUAUCCAAGGUCUUGGACAAUGUAUGAGGGUGAACCUGAUCCAGAGCUAAGAAUUGUAUGUCGUCAAGUUUCACCUUUUAUACCUCACAACUACAAAGAAAGCAGCUUUCCUGUUUCUGUUUUCACUUUCACACUGCAUAAUGUCGGAGACACUACUGCAAAUGCGACAUUGCUCUUCACUUGGGCGAAUUCUGUUGGAGGAGACUCAGAGUUCUCAGGUGGCCAUUACAACUCCAAGAUAAUGAUGAAUGAUGGAGUCAAGGGUGUGCUCUUACACCAUAAAACAGCAAACGGGUUACCAUCACUGUCUUACGCGGUUUCAGCUCAAGCCACGGACGGUGUUAGCGUCUCAAUCUGCCCUUUUUUCAUAGUUUCUGGAAAGCAGAAUGGAAUCACAGCAAAAGAUAUGUGGGAGACUAUCAAAGAGAACGGUUCUUUUGAUCAGCUCGAUGCUUCUGAGACAUCGAUGCAAUCAGAACACGGGUCAUCGAUCGGGGCAGCAGUAGCAGCAUCUGCAACAGUCCCACCGGGAGAGUCACGGACUGUCACAUUUUCUCUGGCUUGGGACUGUCCUGAAGUGCAGUUUCCUAGUGGUAAAAUAUAUUUAAGGCGUUACACAAAGUUUUAUGGCACUCAUGGUGAUGCUGCUGCUCAAAUUGCUUAUGAUGCUAUUCUUGGACAUAAUCAUUGGGAGUCUUUGAUAGAAGCAUGGCAAAGACCAAUCCUUGAAGACAAAAGACUUCCUGCAUGGUAUCCUAUCACUCUGUUCAACGAGCUUUAUUACCUUAAUUCAGGAGGAACUCUUUGGACAGAUGGAUCAUCACCACUACAUAGUUUGGCAGGAGUUAGAGAAAAGAAGUUCUCACUUGACAAAUCCCAGCUCGGUUUAAAGAACAUCAUCGAUGAACCGGAACAGAACGAUACAGCUAUCUCCGUUCUCGGAAAAAUGGCUUCUACGCUUGAGCAGCUUCAUGCAUCAACAGCAUCAAACUCUGCCUUUGGCACAAAGCUACUAGAAGAAGGAGAAGAGAACAUUGGGCAUUUCCUUUACUUAGAAGGGAUCGAAUACCGUAUGUGGAACACCUACGAUGUCCAUUUCUACGCUUCUUUCGCGCUUGUGAUGCUGUUUCCAAAGCUCGAGCUCAGUAUCCAAAGAGACUUUUCUGCUGCGGUGAUGCUACACGAUCCAACCAAAGUGAAAACACUUAGUGAAGGACAAUGGGUUCAGAGGAAAGUUCUUGGUGCAGUUCCUCAUGAUUUAGGCAUCAACGACCCUUGGUUUGAAGUUAAUGGAUACAAUCUUCACAACACUGAUCGUUGGAAAGAUUUAAACCCUAAGUUCGUCCUCCAGGUGUACAGAGAUGUAGUAGCUACAGGGGACAAGAAGUUUGCUAUAGCGGUCUGGCCCUCGGUGUACGUUGCAAUGGCCUACAUGACUCAGUUUGAUAAAGAUGGCGAUGGAAUGAUCGAGAACGAAGCGUUUCCGGAUCAGACUUACGACACAUGGUCUGCCACUGGUGUAAGCGCCUACUGUGGUGGACUUUGGGUGGCUGCAUUGCAAGCUGCAUCUGCCUUGGCACGUGUAGUUGGUGACAAGAACUCUCAAGACUAUUUCUGGUUGAAGUUUCAGAGAGCAAAAGAUGUGUAUGAGAAGAAGCUAUGGAAUGGAUCUUACUUUAACUAUGAUGAUAGUGGAAGCCGGUAUAGCUCGUCUAUACAAGCUGAUCAACUAGCUGGUCAAUGGUACGCGAGAGCAUCAGGGCUUUUGCCUAUAGUAGAUGAAGAGAAGGCUAAAACGGCUUUGGAGAAAGUUUAUAACUUCAAUGUGAUGAAGAUUAAAGAAGGGAAACGUGGAGCUGUAAAUGGCAUGCAUCCUGAUGGGAGAGUUGAUACAGCAUCAAUGCAGUCACGAGAGAUUUGGUCUGGUGUUACGUAUGCGUUGUCUGCAACAAUGAUCCAAGAAGGCUUAGUUGAUAUGGCGUUUCAGACAGCGAGUGGCGUCUACGAAGCUGCCUGGUCUCAGACCGGACUCGGUUACUCAUUUCAGACGCCUGAAGCAUGGAACACGAAUGAUCAGUAUAGAUCUCUGACUUACAUGCGUCCUCUUGCUAUAUGGGCUAUGCAAUGGGCACUGACUAAAACCAGUCAAAAACAGAAACAACUUGGUCUUGAGCAAGAACAAGAACAAGAACAAGAACCAGAGCCUAGUGCUUUGAUGAAACAUGAUAUUGGUUUCUCUCGGGUUUCUAGGCUUCUGAAACUACCGAAUGAAACAGCGCCUAAAGGCAGACUCCAGACCUUGUUCGACUAUGCUUGCCGGAGAUUGAUGUCAUAG